AAAAGAAAGAAAAGAAAAGAAAAAAAGAAAAACUGCGUGACUUAUGUACUUAGCACAAGCUUACCCGGCGGACGUCCCGUUCCCCGCUUUCUCCGAACGCCAUUACGGGGCUGGUCGAAAAAACCGAGGUUCGCGGGCGAUGUCCAAAAGGGGUCAGCUUCGCAAGAUGGAGGAGAUCGGGCCAAGGGACAACAUCGAGAGCGUGUGGCGACAGCUGAAGAUCUCCGAUACCGGCCACUAUGGUGACGUGCUCCGCCCAGCAGCUUUGCCCGUUUGUUUCCCGCCGACUGAUUUGAACGCAUCACCGCCCGCAGUCGCCUUCAUCCGCGAGUCACGGCAGUACAGGAACGUUUCCGCCGACCCGCCGCCGUUCCACUGGGCGCUCGACCGCGCCGCCGACUUCGAGCGCAGCAUAGUCGACCAGAUCAAGAAGGACACCGGCGCCGACGUCGCGUUCGUGCCCGCCGGCUGGUUCUACACCAGGCUCGCCGCUGCCCUCCCGCCCGCCGCGUACAACAAGGAUCUGAAGCGGAAUGACGAUAUAUGGAAGCACGCUGGCAUCUCGAUCGACGACCGCAGGGCUAUCAACAAAUGUGUCAGAGAGAAAAUCGUUGAGCCCAACGAACCGCUCCACCUUCACGCCUUCAAUGAGAUCGCCGAAGAACUGCUGAAGGCAUGCCAAGAACUGGAAUACCACCUGAACCUGCAGGAGAUUGGGUUCGAGGGAUGGUGGUUUCACGAAUGGCUGAUAAAGACGGGCCGCAGGGUCUUUCGGGCGGUCCUGCGGGGGAAGAAGAAGGAUGAUGGGUUAGAUAGAAAGGACGAGGGGUCGGGUAGAAAGGAUAGUGGCUUAGAUAGACUGAGAAUAGACAAUUUAAUUGGGUAGGAAAGGAAAGCAAUGGUGCGCCCCGCCAUGAAACCCGGACCUUAGCGGAUCUGGAUUCCGAGUAU